AUGAAUAUUAAGAGUAAGUUUCAAAAGUUAAAAUUAGAAAAUGACGUUAUAUAUUCCUCCAAUUUAAUAAUAAAUGAAGAUGACAUUGCAGAUUUUGUUUCAACUUUAAACAUUCAAAAAAAAAAUAUAAAUGAUGAAAAUUGUUCAACACAUAAUUUAAGUACGGUCAAAGUAAUACAUUUAAGUAGUCUAAAAAUUAAUGAUUGGGGAUUAUCUAUUCUUAUACCCUGUAUAUUAAGAAGCAGAAAACUUACAACAUUAAAUCUUUCAAAUAAUUGUUUAACAAAUGAUAGCGCCAACAUUUUGUCAAAGUGCCUAAAGUAUCUACCACAUCUGAGGUGUCUGAAUUUAUCUAAUAAUUUAAUAAAAUGCCAAGGUGCAAUUAAUAUUAUUGAAGAAUUUUUUCAAGAUAACAUAAAAGAAAAUUCAACCUCUCUUAACAUUUAUCAUGUUGAUAAUUUAGAAGAAAACAUUUUAACAAAUAAUAAUAAAAUAAAUCAAAACAAGUGUCAUGAUAUAAUACAACCAAAUCAGAAGGACGAUUUUAUAUUUGAAUAUAAAGAUUGUAAUAAUAUACUAAAUUACAAACAAGAUAACUAUAUAAUUCCCAAACAAUUUAAUGAGUAUCAUCAUAUAUGUAAUGAUGAUAAAUAUCUUUCGAUCAUUAAAAAUAUAGAAGAAAAUGAAGAUCUACAAGAAAUUGAUAUAUCAGAUAAUUUCUUAGGUACCAAUUUUAUAAUCAAAUUAAGUGACAUACUACAUAAAAAAAAAGACAAAAAGAAAUAUAAAAUUGUUCUAAAAAAUGUUGGAAUUAAUAAUACAGAUAUUUGUUAUUUUCUGCCUAAAUGUAAGGACGUAGAAAUAUUAAACAUAUCGGAGAAUAAGAUUAUGUUUGAAAAUUUUCCAAAGUAUAUUGAGAUAUUGUUUGAUGUACAGCCAAAUUUAAAACAAUUAUAUUUAGCAAGUAUAUGUGGAGAUCAUCCCGAUGGUGAUAAGAAUAUUGAUAAGAAUAAUAUUGAUAAGAAUAAUAUUGAUGAUAUUGAUUAUAUUGAUGAUGAGGAUGAUGAUAAUAUAUGUAAGAAUAAUAUUAUGAAUGACAAUCCCAAUGGUUGUUAUAAUAAUUUUAAUAACGUAUAUAACAUUAUAACUAGCCAAAAUAGAAUAUUCACAAACUUAAUAAAAAAUUUAUAUAAGGCAAAAAAUUUACGCAUCCUUUGCCUUUCAAAUAAUAAUAUAAAUGAUGAUAACUUCAAAACAUUUUGUUUACAUAUCCAACAUAAUAAAGACAAUAAAAUUGAAGAGAUCGAUUUUUCAUAUAAUCGUAUCACAGAUCUUAACCCUUUAAAUGAAUGUUUAAAAAAUAACCACACAUUAAAAAUUAUCAAUUUAUCUAAUAAUCAUAUAACAGAUGAAAAAAUAAAAACAUUUUGUUAUGAAAAUCUUUCAGAAAAUUUAAAUAUAUGUGAGCUCUCCUUAGCAUAUAAUAAGUUAUCUAAUAAUUCGUGCAUUUAUAUAUCUGAUGCGUUGAUCAAUCAAGCCAAUCUUAUUAAGACUACCCUUAAGGAAACGUAUGAAUUUAUAAAACAAAAUUCUUCCUUAACGCAAGAAGAUUUGGAUAUGUACAUAAAUAAAAUGAGUGAUAAAAAAGGAGAUAUUGAUAAUGAAAAAUUUGGUCAUAAUAAAAAAGAAGAUGGUGAUAAUAAAAAAGAAGAUGGUGAUAAUAAAAAAGAAGAUGGUGAUAAUAAAAAAGAAGAUGGUGAUAAUAAAAAGGAAGAUGGUGAUAAUAAAAAGGAAGAUGGUGAUAAUGAAAAAAAUGGUGAUAAUGAAAAAAAUGGUGAUAAUAAAAAAAAUGGUGAUAAUGAAAAAUAUGAUGAUAAUAAAAAAAAUGGUGAUAAUAAAAAAAAUGGUGAUAAUAAUAAUAGUAAUAAUAAUAAUAAUAUGAAUGCCAAUCCAUAUAAAAAUAGAAACAAUAUAUAUAAUAAUAAUAAUAAAGAAGAUAUUAGUAAUAUAAAUAUAUUUAAAGAUAUAAUAAUUAAUAGACAUAAUGAAGAAAAUAAUUUUUUUUCAUGCAUUGGGAUAUCGAAUUUUUAUAGAGCAACUGAUUUAUCAAAAAAUUUAUAUCUUCAAGAAACUCGUAGAAAUUGUAUAUAUAAAAUAAAUGAAGAAUUUAAUAAAUUAUAUAAUAGUAAUAAUAUAUUUUCAGCUAAUUGCUUAAAAGGUUUAAAAUUUCUUAAUCUUUCAAGUUGUAAUAUAAAUAAUGAUGGUAUUUCAUAUCUUUUAAAAUCAUUAAAAACAUCUUUAUGUACCUUAGAAUAUUUAGAUAUAUCAUGUUGUCAAGAUUUAAGUAAUAAUACAUAUCAAGAAUUUACUAAUUUAAUAUCUUAUAAAAAAUAUAAAUUUCUAAAAACGAAUCAUUUUGUAUUUAAAAAUUUACCUCUCACCGUGAGGGGAAUCCCACCCAUGUUGAUUCCUCUGUAUGAUUCGGAAGAUAACACUGACGGGAACAGUACAGAAUCGGAUUGGUGGAAUUAUAAAAAGGAAGAUUAA